AAAAUAGCAGAUGAAAAUGAAUUAUUGCACCAAUUUGCUGCAUGUAAUAGUACCUACCUACAGAACAAAGCAUCUGCCUGGGAAUUGCAGUGUUGGAAUCGUUUUGUGUACCGAAGUCGGGAUUUGAAUCCGUUAGAUUUGCGACAACUGAAUGCAUAUUUGACUGAUUGGGAAGAAGAUAAUGCAAGCAAUAUUACAAAUCUAUUCCAGGAUUUUCGCAUUUGCCGAGAGAUGUGUGAAGAGAUUAAGUGUGGCCUUCUAGAAUCAUCAGAAAUUAAUUAUAAAAUUGUAAAAGCAUGGAUGGAGAGCAUAAAAAACUUGCAGUUUAUGAUGCGAAGUAAAAUAGACAUUGCUACUUUUGAAUUUUUGAUGGCCGGGAAUGAGUACAUCAAUGAUGAAUCUUUUAACAUAGAAUACUGCAUAACCGACAAGCCUGAAAAAGAUAUUAGCAUUCCACCAAUCACCAUGUGUCUUUGGGGGAACCUUUCAAAAAACUUGAGGCAUAAAGGAAUGGACUUACCAGAGAUUGGGCUGAGUUUUGAGUUACCCCCGGAUCUGAUUCGUAUCAAUUGUGCUGUACGCAUUCUGCAUUCUCUGUUUGAUUUUGCAACUCCUUCUUUUUGUGCCACUUCUUUGCCCAAGUUCUUCAGUUUGGGAAACAUACCUACUCAAGAAACUUAUUUUGAAACUUUGCUGAAGGAUAUAUAUUCUGAGAAUUAUAGCCAGCAUAAAGACAUUCAUAAGGAAGAAACAGUACUUGGGAAAAGUGCACCUGCUGCUGGCAAAUUAGCUGCUGCUGUAGAAAAUGCAUUGACUGCAAAAGUAGAUUCAGAAAAAACAUCUCCGGCUAUGGUUUUUACUCCACCUGAAGAGCCUGAAAUAACAAUUGUUGAUCAUUGUGAAUAUUUUGUUGUUGGAGGUUUUUACCAUUUUGAUCUACUUCAGCUACCUACUCCAACUGUGAAAGUUGACUGUUGGAUUUUCACAUAUUGUGAGGACAAAGUGCUCAAGCAUAUUCCAUAUCAUACAAGUAUCAUCCCAAUCAGACAUCCUAAGCCAGAUAUGUCCCCUGCUGUUGCUGCUGAAUUUGCUGAUUCUGAAAUCAAGCGAUUUGACAAAGAAAUGUGCAGUGCUAUAUCUAUUUCAAUUCAGCUUUCUGAGGAGAUUCUUUUCCUUGAACAGCCAUUGCCAGCCUUUUGGCUUGAGGACAGAAAAGGUUUUACCACUAUUGGAUUUUAUGAAACAAAACAUGAUGAAGAUACAGGACGCUUGUUUUUCAAAACUAACCAUUUUGGAAUCAUUGGGAUGUUACAAAGAAAAUAUAACAAUAUGCCUUACCAGUCUUGGGAACUUACCUCUGAAGGACAGGCAAAUUGCGCUAGCCUCUUCAUCACUGGCAUGCAUGUUGGAAUACAGAUUGAGAUCCUUGAUAGUGAGUGCUGCAUUAAGAAGAUCGAGCAAGAUGGGAAGUCUCUGUUUCCAAACUGCUACACCAUUUGGAUGAGUCCAGAUAAGUUGGUGAAGAAAUUAGCAUUCAUGGGUAUCAAUAUUACUGUUGAGAAUGAUGUGGAUAAAUAUAUAGAAACAUCAAAGAAGGAGGAAACAAUGGAAAGCUGGACAUUUUCUUGCAUGUCUGUUCUAUGCCACUCUUUUAAUUUUUAUUGGAGUAGAUGGAAUGCUACAUUACCUAAAGAUCAGAUUGUUUUAAAAUAUAGACCUCAAGACUCUGACGAGCCGGAAAAAUUCAGUCACAUACUAAUAAUGCCAGACAAUUCUGUUGUAAUAAAGUGUGCUGAAAGUCAUUCCAAGUUUUGUGAUGACCCAGCGGAUGGAGAAAAGAAAUGGAAAGAUUUGUACCACCUUGUGAAAGAGAGAAGUGAAGAAGAGAUUCCAUUUGCAAAGCAUUUUGAGUUUGUAAAUGCUGUCUAUUUCUUGUUAAGUACUUGUAAGUUAUUUAGUUGCUCAUAAACUGCCUUUUGAG